CAACUUGUUUUAUUAUCUAUUACCAGUAAUGUAAUUGUAAAGUUUAUUUUAACAUUUAAAAAUAUUUAUUAUUUAUAACUAUAAUGAUUGUUAAACUACAUCGAAAAUAAUACAUAUCUAUUUAUAAUAUUUAUCCAAUCGUUAUUCAUCUGUGAAGUAUGGAAAGUUACGUAGUUAUAUCGUUUAUUGGUGAAGGAUCAUUUGGACGUGUUUUUAAAGCAAAACACAAGGAAACUGAUGCUGUAGUCGCACUAAAAGUUAUAAGAAAGAAAGGUCGGUCGUCGAAGGACUUGAAAAAUUUGAGGCAAGAAUGUGAUAUUCAAAGGCAACUGAAGCACCCUAAUAUAAUACGCAUGAUCGAUAGUUUCGAUACGGAAUCUGAAUUAAUCGUUGUCACAGAAUAUGCUGAGAGAGAGUUGCAUAGUAUAUUGGCAAAAGAAGGAUGUUUAAAUGAAGAGCAAGUGAAAAAAAUAACAUGGGACCUUGUAUCUGCAUUAUAUUAUUUACAUUCACAUAGAGUACUUCACAGAGAUUUAAAACCUCAGAAUGUCCUUAUAGACAGUAAUGGUCAGGCCAAGCUGUGUGAUUUCGGAUUAGCUCGGAUAAUGACAAAUGCUACUCAUAUUCUUACCUCUAUCAAAGGCACUCCACUGUAUAUGGCUCCUGAAUUAAUUGAAGAAAAGCCAUAUGAUCACCUGGCCGAUCUCUGGUCUCUUGGUUGCAUUGUGUAUGAACUGAUAGCUGGGCAACCUCCAUUUUGUACUCUAUCACUUUGGCAACUAGUUCGGAUGAUUCGACAUAAACCUGUUCAAUGGCCCAGCUUCAUUAGUGUAGAAGCACGCUCCUUUCUGCAGGGUUUGCUGCAUAAAGAUCCUCUGAAGCGAUUAAGUUGGCCAGAGAUUUUGAAACAUGAAUUUGUUGCUGGUCAUGUAUUAAUACUACCAGAAGAUGUACAAAGUGAAUCACCAUUUACAAAACCUUUAACACACAGCCAACAAGAAGCUAAACAACUGCAGAGAGAUAAAAUUAAUAGCAAUGCAAGGACUAUGAAACUAGAAAGUGAGUCAUUAAAACAAAAUACUAGAGAACACGAUCUAAGAAAUGUACGUGGUGUUAUACAAGUUACAGAGUGUGUGCCCAUGUCAGACGACGACAGUAUUAGAGCCACAAGUGCUUUUAGUGUUCGCGAUAGUCUCAAAACUGAUGACGAAGACCAAGCACAACCAAUAACUGCUGUCAAUGCGAAGUUACUCCGUCAUGAAUAUAAUGUGAUGAAUAAUUCAAACCUCGUUGUUUGUAAUCUUGAAAAGAAUAUGGCGCAACUAAUAGCGACAAAUAAAAAACAAAAUGAUUGUAAUUUAAAUAAAAUGGAUAAAAUAGAUGAAGAAAAACAAAAUAUAGACAAAUGUGUCGAAGAAUCAAAAGCAGUCAGUGGUAACAGCAACAAUGCAAUUCAGACAAAACAAAAAGCGAAAUCAAUAGAAACACAUACUGCAUCACAAAGUUUAGAAAAUCCUAAAAGUUCGACCAAAUGUAGUAGCGAUAUUAGUUCAGGUCUUAGCAAAAGUGUCCCACCAUCAUAUAAACAAAAGAUAUUACAGUUUUCAAGAGAUAAACUUAGAUUUGGAAGUGGAGGAAAUAAGUUAACAAGAAGUAUUAAAAGGUCAUUUCACUUCAGUAGAAGCUGGGAUAAAAACAAAGGCGAUAGUCAAAGGCGUACAAGUGAGCCAACUGUCGAAAUACCAAGUAUCAUUAAUACAGAUAAAGAAAAGUGCUCUAAAGAAGAGAAGGAUGAGGAUAGUGAAAAAUGUGAAGUUAUCGAGGAAACAUCAGAUGAUAAAGAAGUUGCUAACAAUGACAAUAUACUUAAACCAGAAGAAAAACAUGAAGCAAAAGAACCAUCUUCCAUAGAACUAGAAGAAUGGGAAGCAUUUCUGAAUUCCAAUAUAAAUGAAGUAAUGGAUGGCGACGCCGAAUCACUUACUCAACUUAAUAUGGUGAGCAUGGUAAUAGGUGUAGUAGGCAGUGCAGCAAGGGCUCGGACUGCGGGAGGCGGUCGUGUGUGCGGCGCUGUAGCCGCGCUCUUAUCCCUGCCUGCGCUUGUCCACUCGCUGCCUAGACAUACACUGCUUAAUAUUCAACAUGUUUACCUCGAGGCUAAAGUGGUGUUCAACUUCGUUGCUGCUAUAAAUACACUAAUGAAAAACAGUAGCAACUCAGAUGACGUGGCGGAAGACAGACUGCAGGGCGUAUGCCGCAUGGUGGAGGCGUGUUCGUGGUUGUGCGCGCGUUCAAGCAGAGGUGCACGUCAACUGGCUACUGCGCUAUCAGAGCAUAAAGCAUAUCCAGUCUUCACCGCGCUCAUGGCCCAAUAUACAAAAACACCACGUAUAGUACUAAAUAUUGUCGGACUACUGAUAAUAGUCUUGCAAGAUCUACCCGAACACGCCGACGUCGUUGAGAAGAUUCUAUUCGACGAUCCGAAUUUCAACUUCUUAUACCUACUAGAACAACCCAAUGAUCUAUUAAGAAUUAGAAUGUGUAUAUUAAUAAGUUUAUUAUGCACCUUUUCCUGUACGGCUUUUUCGGUCGCCAUGGAGACAAAAUGGACAAAGAAACAGAGUGAGUGCUUAGAAACAUUACAUACACAUUGCAAUGUAACGUUGAAUAGGGCAGCUCGGUUAGCCACCAAAGAGGUUAGUAAUAUGCCUUUUUAUGUCCAUUAAUAAUUUAGAGGAAUAUGUUCGCAUUAUCAUACUCCACAGAAUGAUUUUCGUCCGACUAGAAGUCCGACACCCUGUGCCUAAAAAGGGAGACAGAUCGGAUCCAUUGAAUUAUAGGCUUACUGCCAUCGCUUCUCUUCUCUCUAAGUUGAUGGAGGAUACCAAGAGGAUCACGAUUUGUUGAACGAUCACCUAUACGGUAUUAGCCACCAUCUUUCAACUGGUGAUCUUCUAGUAUACCUUUCACACCGUUGGGCUUUUGCCGUUAAAAGUAAGGGUGAGGCAUUGGUGGUUGGCCUAGAUAUAGCAAAGGCUUUCGAUCAGAUCUGGUAUACGGCCUCCCCGAGGAAUAAUGCAAAUGGAUUGCCAGCUUUCUGUCCGUCAGAUGCAUUAAAACCGUGGUUGACGAUAGUAGCUCCGACAGCAUGGACAUUAAUGCUGGCGUCCCGCAAGGCUCUGUGUUGUUCCCAACGCUGUUUUUGCUGCAUAUCAACGAUUUGCUGGCUACGGUCGACAUUCAUUGUUAUGCGGAUGAUAAUACUGGGAAUUCUUAUUACACGGGCCGUGCAAAUAUUCCUCACAUCGUUGUAGAGACUAACCGCGAACAAGUUGUGUCUGAAAUCGAGAGUAUUCUUGCUAGAGUCUCCGAUUGGGGACGACUAAAUAUAGUCCAAUUUAAUCUAUCUAAGGCUCAAGGUUGCGUGUUCACCAUUAAAAAAGCAAGAAUUGUCAUCUCCAAAAAUAUUAGGAUCCUUGGUGUCGACAUCUCCAGCACUGUAGAGUUCCGAGAUCAUCUAUAUAGGGUCAAGCCGACGUCCAAAAAGCUCGGGGUGCGCAAUAGAGUGAAACGGUACAUCACUCCGAUACAAAGACUAUUGUUGUACAAAUCGCAAGUACGGCCUCUCAUUGAGUACUGCUCUCAUCUGUAGGCCGGAGCACCUGGAUAUUAGCUUAGUCCUCUGAACUCGGUCCAAUAGAGUCGGGCCAUAAGAAUUGGUGACGAUCCCAAGCUCACAGGCGAUAUCAAGCCCAUAAGUCUGAGGCGAGACCUUGCCUCCCUUUGUGUGUUGUGUUCUGAGGAAUUGUUUGAAAUGAUGCCUACAGCCACCUUUUAUCAUCACACCGCUCGUCAUCGACAGGGAAUUCAUCUUCACAUGCUUGAACCUAAAUGGUCACGUACACUGCGAUUUCAGAGAAAUUGUCUCUCACGAAUGCUCAGGCUGUGGAAUGAGCUCCCGAGCUGAGGAUUUCCCUAGAAACUACGUUAUGAGAUUCUUCACAAAGGGUAUAUUGAGUUUUCUUCAUAGUCGGCAACGCGCACGUGAUAUCCCUAGUGUUCAUAGUCUACAGUAACCGUUCAUCAUCAAACGGGCUGUAUGCUUGUUUGCCAUCUUUGUGGUAUAAAAAAUAAAAAUGUUUUCAUUUUUUAAAGGUUUUUAUCUUUCUAAUGUAUAUCAGCUUAUAUAGUUAUAUUUAUUAUGAAUCAAUUCUCAACCAUAAGAGGCGUAUUACAAUUUGAUGAUAAUUUCUUUCAAUAAUGUUAUUUUAAUGUUUUAAAUCAAUAAUGGAAGUGUGAUCACGCAAUUUUCUUAUAGGUAUAGCUAUCAAAUAUGUUGUAAAAUUAUUUACAGAUUUUAAAAGAAGGUUAAUAGUUUCAUUAAUCGAUAUAUCGAUUCUAUAUGAAUAUAAUUGAUAGGGCAUUGACCUCCAAAGGCAUGUGCCUUAGGAGUGGCCGGCAUCGUAUAAAAUAAUGUAUAUAGUAUUUUACACGGCACACGUAAAAUGUACUUUCAAUUCUCUGCAAUAACACGUAUUAAUAAUAAAUAAAUUAUGUGGCAAUGUUGCUCUGCUUAAAUAAGGAUUAGUACGAUUCUCAUAUUACGUCACAGAGGUCGCCUAAUUAACUAUAUGGCACAUUUAUUUUCAAUACUUUUCUGUAUAACAGAUUUAUUAUUUCCAUUUUUAUUAUAUACUCUACUAAAUAUUAUAUGACUUACCUUUAAUAUAUAACUCCUUUUUUCAUAACUUUUAUAUACUUUUAUAUUACUUCAUACGAUAUAAUUUAUUCUAUAUAAAUUUCUAAGUACGAUAUUACUAUAAUAUUAUGGUAGUAAACAUUUUGGCGGCACUAGAUAAUGAAAAAUUUAUAACCCUUGUAUAACUUUAAGUCAAAGUUGUACGAUAUCUCUCAGACAUAAGACUGCUAAUAACGAAUUUUUAUAGAUAUUUUUCGCCUUUAUGUUGGCCUAAUAUAUUAGAUAUAGUUUAGUUAUUAAUUUUAAAAAUUAAAAUUCCAAUAUGCAAUGUGGCCUCAGUAACGACUAUUGGUAUGCACGAAUUGCAGAAUAGUUUUGCAUCAUUAAAAAAAGUCGCACCAUAAGGGUGCCUUGAUACCAUUUUUAACAAUUAUUAUGAAUGUAUAUAUCUUUAAGCCUUUCAAGUUAGACUUGUUCUCAUAAUAUUAGAAAAUAUAAGUAUAUAAUUUUAUAAACAUUGACCUUUGAUACAGGUGAUCCAUGCUUUUUUUUAAUAUUUUGCUUACUUAGUAGAAAAUUUUGGCAUAUUUUUUAUUCAGAAUUCAUUUAAAAAUAAAUUAAGUUAUAAAAGUAACAUUAAUUAAACAUAUCUAUUUUUCUAUUUGUUUAUAUAGUACAAGCUUUAUAUAUAGG